CAACAACAACAACAACAACAACAACAACAACAACAACAACAACAACAACAAUCCAAAAUGAAAACAUUUUUUUUCCAGAAGAGUUAAAAAGUAGUACUGAAAAACCGCACGCUAAAAAAUAUGAAGAACAUAUCGAGGAAAAAAAACAAGAGAUUUAUAACUCUCCUGUUAAUGGCUGCCUCUGUCUGUCUGCUUUUUUUUAGGAUAAGACAGUCGAUCAACCAAGUGAGGGCUCUAUCCUGGAAAUCCUCCGGCCUCGCUAGACCUCCCGUGACCUCUGACCUAGCCUCCGCACGGGUCAAUCCAGGUCCUAUUAAGGUCGCUGUCGAUGUCGAUCGCGAGGGAGAAGAGAAGGUCGAUUCUGCGUCGACGGAGAGCAAUGCAACAUGUCGCCAGAUGAAUUUCCAUGCUAGCUACGGGGCCUUCAGUCACAUAAACGCAACAAAGACACGUUGUUCUUACAUUCUCGCACUGACGAAACUCACGUCGAAACCCAACAUGCAAAACACCUGGAGAUGCACUGACUUGAAGAAAACAGCUGAUCGAAAGUGCCUGGCGUAUGCUUUCGGAAUCAGUCAUGACAAGGCGCUCGUGGAUGAGAUAGAUAGAGUGAUUGGGUGUAAAGUCUUCUGCUCCAACACAGUCCUGCCGAGUGAUGGUGACGACGUCGAUCUCUACAACCUCGGCUUCUCUGUCACGAGGAAUAGCAACGCGAAGAUCGAUCCUUACCUGAAAAUUUUCCAUAAAUUGUGCCAAAGUGACGUCAUAUCCGGUUUACAGAAAAUGGCGGAGCUAAAGCAAGAACCCACCGACAAAAAGCAGAGCCAAAUGGUAAUGGUUGAACUCCUCGAGUGUGUCCUCCUGCAGCCAAUGGCUAAGGCGGACGCGAAUUCUCAACCAAAAAUUGUUAUCAUUCGCUGGAUGAACAAGUUUAUUUGAACCUUUUAUUUAGA